CUUAAUCUGAUAGCAAGUCCUAAGAGCUGAAGCUUUUAAAUUAUGGUGUUAGUCAUUCGAUUUAUGGGGUUUCUAUAUUUAUAAUAAAAGGAAGAGUGAUUUACAUUAACUAUUAAGAACUUUAAGUAACAUUUUGCAAGUAGAAGAGGUAUUACUUUACAUGACUAUCCAAGAUAACUACUUUCAAAUGACUUAAGUAAAAAUUCUUAUAAUCUUCAUUGUUUAUCUGCCAGGAGGAGCGCUAAAACUAGUUACUAAAUCUAUUGCACUUUCCAUUGCCCUAACACCUAAGUACCAAUUGACCAAUUUUAGAGCCCAAAUCUUUCAAAUUAUAUCUCUUACUAAAAGUGUUAUCAAACCAAUUCCUUAAAAAAUAGAACUAUAGGCUACACUAGCCAUCGUAUUGAAAACAACACAUAAUCGCUAUUAUUUUUGCAAACAUAAUAAAUUCUAGUGCAAAAAAUAAAAAGGAAAUAAAUCAGUGUCGCGCUGAACAUUGGAUGGCUCGAUUAGUAGGCGCGCCCUGGAGAGGAGGUAAAUAUGGUCAUAAAACUUGGAGCCCCGGCGACAAUAUCGCAAAUGGCCCCCAUUGCAAUCGAGUGCCUAGAUAAGAAACGUGCCGCAAAUCGGCCGAGUAACUUGCUCACGUUCACGUGAUGUGCACGCCGAUCCAUCCGGCCGGGUACAUCUACAGCAACCCAACCAACAGGUAAAUCAGCACACAGCGGACGAUGUGCUAAAUGUUGAUACAAAAAGGCUUAUCUUGUCAACGAUAUUUGGCUCAGACAACCGGGGAAGCUUUACUAAUGAUCAUGGAACGUUGGCCAUUUAUGAUGCCUCAGGUGAAAGAAUCCGACUAAACAGAGUUAAGUUACAGCAAACAGCGCCAAUCAUCGUUGUUUGAGCUGUCCGAGAGCGGCAAAUAAAUAACUUAGUGCUGUGAAAUGUGUGCCAGUGAAAAAUAUUGGGUCUGUCAUUACUCAUACGACGCGUGUGCCAGCAAAAGAGCUGAUUACAUUUGCCAUGAAUGCCUAAAAGUAGACAUCGGUUUCGAAACGUGGUGAAAUCGAGGUUCCAGCCUAGUGUAAGAAUUGGAAACUGGGUAGAAGAAAACUGUCUGGAGGAGGACAAAAUAGUGAACUUCAAGAGACAACGCGAUCGAGGCGAACUUCUGGUGGAAAAGGCACGCACACUAUAUGAUAAUUUCCACAAGGAGAUCGUUUUGGCCGCCCCCAAACAGACCAUUAUUUUUGGAGCUAUUGUCCAAUUAAUGCCCAUCUAUAUGAACAUCGGUGAUAUGGAGACAUCCGAUCUGAAUGCCGCUUUGUCAGUGGUUAUCAAUGAAAAGGUGGUGCGAAAGAGUCAAUCGGUGAAUGAGGAUUGCGAACUAACUGUGGCGCCGUCGAAGAAGCCCUGUGUACGGAACUCUUUUAAGAUAAUCAGUGGAGAUGGUCGGGAUCGCACUGGGGAGAACAUCAAGUACGGCCAACGAUUCCAGCUGCAGUGCAUGGCCUCGGAAAGCGAUCCCAUUGUAGUGUACAGUGGGCCCAAGGGGCAAAAUCUGCAGCAGGGCGUUAAGGCCACUUAUUUGUCGCACAAGCACGGGGAGCUAAAUCUCAAUCUGGGACUUGCUCAUCGAAGUAGAUUUAGCUGUCCGGACAACGACAUACCCUUGGCCUAUACGAAUUGGUUCUGCAGGCAUGUUGACCCAAAGCAGCGUUUUGAAAGCGAAGGAGAAGAUAUUCCUAGUAACACCCCUUUGGUGAUUGUACACGCAACCACAAAUCGAAAUCUAGCUGCGGAAAAUGUUCUAAUUCAAACCCUUUUUGGCCCGGAAUUUCUGGUAUCCGUACAAAACUAUCGUAACAUCUAUAAGCACGAGAUCUGGAAAAACGUGUGGAUGAUCAGCAAUGGACAUCAUGGACAUGGAAGUUCUACGUCUCACUGAGUUCCUAAAGUAUAAAGAGUUUUAAGAACAUAACAUAUUCCAAGGAAAACGGGCACAGCAAUUAAGUGCUGUGUGAACUUGAUUUUUAUGUGGCGAAAAUUUAAAUUUCGCACAUAAACAUUGCUGGGCCGAGCCCCUGCUGUUUGGCCUAGAUAGAAAUUGGCAUUUGUCGGGCUAAUUUAAAGAGAAACCAACUUUAACUGGAACGGUACUUAAGAUAAUUGGUAGAUUCGGUUUAAAUUUAAGAUUUUGAUUAUAUUCUUUGGGGUCAUAAGCCAACCCUAACAGAAUAUAUGUUAAAUUUCUAAUAUUAGAAAACUGGCAAAUAUUUAACAAUCGAUUGACGUAUUUUUUUGGCCUCUCUAAAUUAAUAAAACAAUCUAACAACGAAAAUAAAUGACCCCCCACCUA